AUGGUUCGAACCCCUGGCCCGGUACCGCAUCACCCAGGAUGGUACCUGGGUUGUUUGUCUGGGCAAGAUGGGCAGCAGCAGGAGAAGGUGAUACAGGAGGAGGAGGAGCAGCCCAAGGAGAGGGAAGAGGCCCUGUGCCCCGCCAGGCCCUUCAGGGCACAUCGUUCCCGGCCGUGGACCUGCAGUGGGGAAGGCGGCGGUGGGGCUUUCCAAGCCGCAGUGCCAAGCUCUGCAUUUCUGGUGAAAGCGGGGAAGGGAGGAGGCUUUCACAUCCUCAAACCCCAGGGAAACAUCUGCUGCUGCUGGCGCCGCAGCGCCAUCCAAAAUCAUCCCGCCACUGAGAUAAAUUACUUAAUCCCAAUCCAUCGCCGCUCCAGGGGCAGCUCCUUUGAAACAGCCAGGCCUGUGUCAGCGCAGAGUGCACCCGGCCAGAGACAUAAGGAACUGGCCUUCUACUCCUGGCAGCCAACAAGUGCCUUUGAAAAGUCUGCCUUACCCGUUGAACCAGUUCACAAGAAUCACUAACAGCAUCCAAGAGUGUUAAGGAAGAUGUACAUGCCUGUUGUGAGGGGUCUUGAGAGCAAUCAUGGCUUUUCCAGCUUUGAAGAGAAAAACAGUAAUUCUUUCCCUAAAUUUUAUCUAUUCACCCCUCCCGUAGGGGUGAAUUACCCUUUAUUCCCACACCAGGAUGUUAUGCCCUUAAUAGAUCCCUGCUCAGGUUCUGUGAGUCCAAUAGCAGAUGCUGAACAGCAGCCCAGUGUUGGAAGAGCUAUUGAAUCCCUGGUAGACUACAGUGAUAUGAAACCUCACCUGGUCCCCACAGGAGGCCUCCAGGAGGAAACUAGCCAGAACAGAUACACUCCAACUAUCCCUGGAUACACUGGCAAGGUUCAUUGAUCAGCAACUCACCCGGGAAAUUCUAAUCUUCCAUCAACAACCCCAUCAGUAAUUGCACGAAUGCAUGGAUACAUAGCAAAACGUGGAGGCUUGUCUCAGUAUAAGCACCAAGGACUUUUUUCUCAAGUGUUUGCUCCAGUUGGUCCUCAGAAUUCUUUCAACAAGGCAGAACAAGAAACCUUUACAAUUUAGAAUGUGUCAGUCCUUUUCACCUGGGUAACUGAGAGCCUCAGUGACUGACAAUGGGAAGGAGGGAAAUGUGUGAAGAUGUGUGGACAUUUUAAAUACAGAACAAAAAUGAAAUAACAUAGA